AUGUCGACCGACUCAGAUGUGCAAACCCAGGCUGCAAUCACGGCCAACAGGCUCGCGUCCAUCGCUGUGGGCUUUUCCAUCGCCACAUUCAUAAUGGCAUACCUGCAACUCUUCCUUGUCUGCGAAGAAUCAAGAUACUGUAUCCUAAGAUCAGCCUUCAACCCGAACGCCUUCUACAGGCUGCUCGGACAUCACCACUUCAUUUGGAGGUACUUCAUGAUAGACCACGAGCUACCUGGGCGCAGAUUGUUCAAGCUUUCAACGUCACAGAUCCGUCUUCUUUGGUGGAAGCUUACCUCGAUUACGACACCAUCCCCUCUACGAUCGACGUACCUAUCCAGCGAGUCCGAUUGUUCGAUCUCGCAAAACUGGCAGCCAGUCUAUCAUCCGUGGGACUUACACGGCGCUCUUAUUAAACACUGUACUUUCUAUCAUGAUAUGGUGUUAGAAGAGGCAUCGAUCGAGUACGAGCGCCUUGCAAUCAUGCUCAAAUUACGUGCACUCUUCUUCCUCGCGUUCUUGAUGAUCGGCCCUCAUUCAACCUCAGUCUACGAGACGAGAGGAAGUCAGGCGCAAGUCCCUAUCAUCUGA